GGAAGCAUUGCUGUCUUCGGGAACGUGGUGUACAGCGGACUGCUGAACGAUCACCUCUGGCAUUUGGGAGUGCCCCUCUUUACAAGACUGCAUUGUCUUCUUCUUCUCUUCAAUGAACUAAAACUGCCACAACUUCAGUGCAACAUCUCAGUCACAGACAGUGAAAAGAAGAAAGAGGAGCAAUCUGUUAGUCCUCCACUAUCACCAGCAUCAUCAUCAACACAAGCCUCUUCCCCUCCUUCCCUCCCUCUCCCCCCCUCCUCCCCGCAGAGCUCUCCGCCACGACUCCCAGCUUCCUGCCUCCCCCCUUCCUCCCUCACCCCUCCACCUCCUCCCCCCCCUCCCCGGGACGCUGAAUUUUACAGUACCGUCUGCAGGAUCCCGGUUUGUUCGGCGCACUCCUCUAUGCAGAGCAACACGGCUCCGGUGGAGGAACGCUGGAGGCAGCUGUCAAGCGCAGGCUGCUGCUGCUGCUGCUCUAGUUGAGCCUCGGCGCUGUACCGACUGAUUUCACAUUCACCAAUAAGAGACGGCACAGGGGGAGAGAAAGAGAGAGAGAGAGAGAGCAGAGAGACAGAGGGAGAGUCUCGAAGUGAGUGGUGUGGAGAGGCAAGUGGAGUGGAAGAGUGUCAAAAGAAAAAAGAGGUUACAACACCUCCCCAGCUCUCUUUCCCUUCUCCCGUCUGCUUUUUCCCCUCUUUCUUGUGUUGGCUUGGAGGAAGAAGAAGAGAAAGAAGGGUGGUUUUUAAAAAUUAACUGAAGAGCAAGCUGCUUGAAGAGAAAGAAGCGAAAGAAGAAGAAGGGGGGGAAACCUAAAGUCAAGCCCCAUUGAACAGUUGAGAGGGAGGGCUGCCUCAGUGGAACAGGGACCAGUAAAGCUCUCUGUCCAAACGCUCGGACUCCUCUUGACACCCACACUGGCUGGACUGGUCCCAGUGCUCGGCCCUUCUCUCCUGCGCCCGCCUGCCCACACCUGUCCCACUUCCACCAUGAUGAUGUACUUUUGGGGUAACCAAGAGGCCACCAACCCCCCAGAAGCGAUGGCCCAGCCGUACACCCCAGCUCAGUACCCACCUCCCCCACAGAAUGGCAUCCCCGCAGAGUUUGCGGCACCACACCCACUUCCGACACAGGACUACACCGGGCAGAGCCGGGUUCCCGAGCACGCCAUGACCCUCUACACGCCCACACAGACGCACAGUGAGCCGGCCGGCACUGACAACAGCACGCCCGCCAUCACCGCCACCACGACCGCACCGGUCAGUGUCCUUCAUCAUCUGCAAACACUGUUCUCAACUCGCUGUCAGCAAACAGAUGAUGUGACGCAAACAGAGGGCUCUCAGCAGCUCCAGCUCCAGCACUCAGACUCUUCAGAGAAGCAGCAGCCCAAAAGGUUACAUGUCUCCAACAUUCCUUUCCGCUUCCGGGACCCUGACCUAAGGCAAAUGUUUGGGCAAUUUGGAAAGAUUUUAGAUGUGGAGAUUAUCUUUAAUGAGCGAGGAUCCAAGGGCUUUGGGUUUGUAACUUUUGAAACAAGCACAGAUGCCGAUCGUGCACGGGAGAAACUAAACGGUACAAUCGUAGAGGGACGCAAAAUAGAGGUGAAUAAUGCAACAGCACGAGUGAUGACAAACAAAAAAGUGGCCAACCCGUACACGAAUGGCUGGAAGCUGAAUCCAGUGGUAGGAGCUGUCUACGGUCCAGAACUGUAUGCCGUAACAGGGUUUCCCUACCCUGCCACAGGCGCUACAGUGGCCUAUAGGGGUGCCCACUUGCGAGGCCGGGGGCGGGCUGUGUAUAACACAUUCCGCACAGCUCCACCGCCGCCACCAAUCCCAGCUUAUGGAGCGGUGGUGUACCAAGAUGGCUUCUAUGGUGCAGAGAUCUAUGGUGGCUAUGCAGCAUACAGAUUUGCCCAGCCCACCACCACCGCUGCUUACAGUGACAGCUAUGGCAGAGUCUAUGCAACAGCAGACCCCUACCACCACACGAUUGGCCCUGCCGCCACAUACAGUGUGGGGACUAUGGCUAGCCUAUACAGAGGAGGGUACAGUCGCUUCACUCCCUACUAAAAGAAAGAAAAAAAGCGAGAAAAGACAGAGACAUUACCCCAACAAACAAACAAAAAAACGAUCUAAAAAAAAAAAAAAAAACCUCAAAACAAGUGAACACCCGGUCCUUGGUGGAGAGCUAAAUCAAACUAAAAGCUUCCAGGUCCCCAUGCUGAGCCCCUCCCCUGACACCCUCUCAAGCCGAUAUUUCUACAACAACCUAUUUGAUGUCAUCAUUGGUCUGCUCUUGUUUUGUAUUCAUUUUGUGCUUUUGGUUUUCUUUUGGAAAGUUUUAUGCACAUGUGCAUUACCUUGACUGCUGUAUAUGGGUGCUGUGUCACCAUAACCAAUGUGAGCCUACUGCAGCACGCAUGAUGCAUGCUCAGAGGUGUGUGUAUGCAGCCGCUGUCAUCUGACUAAGAAUAUACUGGGGCAUUUUUAUGAUAGAUAUAUAUAUAUAUAUAUAUAUAUGACAAACGUACCAGGUCUGAUCAGGCUGACACUGAUCCAUCCCAGUUUAUUACUUUUCUAACCUUUAUCUUCCAAUUAACACGCAGUAAUAAAGCUCAGUCCACACGCUGACUAACAUGCCUUGGUAAUUCUUAGUUCAAAGACGGCACUGCUCUGAUUGCUUUUGUUUUCCUUUAAACGUUGGAGUCCUACUGUUGUGCACUUGCAGUGGAGCCUUACAAGCUGUACUAUGUGGUAUGACAGCAUGCAGAGUAAAGGGUCAUGAAGGUCAGAUUUCUGUCUCGGACUCACAAUGCUCAUACUACCGCCCAGUCUCCUGCAAAUUACCGAGCGUUUAUAUGCCACUAUUCUGCAUUGGUCGUUAUGUUUUAGGGGGAAAUGUAACUUCGGCUGGGUUGCGUUCAGGGACAAAGUCAUGUAGCGUUUCAUACAAGUACAGAUGAAUUUGGAGGGGUGGGAAUUUGCCUUUCCCACCAGUAGCCAGAGUUAGCAUCUUGUCUCAUGCUAGUAGUUGGUAGUGAUAUUUUUAAUACUUCACGGGACCAAUGAACAUCUGCUCUUUACUCUAAAGGGUUACUCGUCUUUCAUUAGACCCCGCUCGAUCAACGGCCUUUCAAACUCCCCGAGUUCCUAACACAGGCUAGUAGACCGACUGAAGACAUUAUCAUUGUUCUUUUUUCAGACUUUAUAAAGCUAAAAUAUAUUAUAGAAUUCAUUUAUUUUAAAACAGUUGUCACUUAAUGUUUUGCAGUUUGUUGUGAGGACUAUAGUUCUUGACCUAACUUAAAAAGCUUUUGUGUUAGUGGUCGUGUGUUGACUCAGUUCUGUGGUACAUUCUGUAGCUAUAUUGUGACGUUGUUGCAUUGGAAUGCAUUAUAUUGGAAGACGUUUAAAAUAUUUAGUUCAAAGAUAUAGAAUAAGAAUAGAAAGAGAAUUGAGCCUUUUCAAAGUAUCUUUUUGUCCUGUGUUCUAAUAAGAGUUGAGCAAGCCGCGGUCAGAACAUCGGCCUCCUUUCCUCUUCUUAGAUAUGCUAUGUGCUAGCCUCGUCUUUGUUGAGAAGACAACCACAUUUUGAAGAUGGUUAAAAGAUAAAAGCGACAUAUAGUCACAUCUUAAUGUCAUCAAAAUGCUAGCUAACUAGUAAGAAUCUCUACGUCAAUUGUUAGUUAGUAGAUAGUUAGUUAGCUCAUUUACAUCAAUUGUUGGUUAGUUUUCUCAAACUUUGCUAACAUUAGCCAACUUAAAAUGUGGUUGUCUAUUCAACAUAGGCUAGCACAUAGCAUAUGUAAGUAACGAGAGGAGGAAGUCUCGCUCAACUGUUAUUGGAGCACAGAGCAAAAAGGGGCGGGACUUUGGACAGGUCAGUUGGUAAACAGACCAAUACAAUAAGAACAAUAUAACGCUGUUCUGUGGAAUAUCACGGCAAAUUACAAACUCAGUAGAGACUGUGGUUUGUGAAUAGGAUUCAUUACAAGACUGUACUGUCGAUCGUAACAAUUGCCCAAACGUUACCGCUUUCAACUUUUACAUGAAUUCUAAAUUGAAUCUCUUAGGUUUUGAUUUGUUGGCUGAACAAAUAAACAAUUUGAAGACGUGGCCUGAUGAGCUCAGUCAUGAACUCUUGACGGCCAUUCUGAACAAUUUUUUUCCCCCUGAACUAAAAGGGUAAUCAGUUCAUCGAAGCUCUGCCUCCAGAGUGCAGGGGCAAAUAGUCGCAUAUGAACUUAAUUUGCAGAAGACACGGUUGCAUAUCCUCACUAAUACACCAUGGUGAAUAAACUGUACUCAAGGUGCACUGUAACACCAAACACUUUCCACACACAGUAAUGACACAGCACCGAGGUGGGUGAACCCGACAGGGGGCUGUUCUGCUACGACUCACCGGUCUCUUUUUUAAACAUUGCACAAAAUGUUUUACCUCAGGAUGAGCUAACUGAAACUCACAAACUAGAAUACAGUGCUAUUCACUCCUCAGCAGGCAGGAUAGUUUCAUUUCUAACACAACCAGCAGGUUUGUCCUCUUUGCAACACGGCUUUCUAGAAGAGCUGAUUUUUGAGUUUCGUUUAAGCAGAGACCCCAAGAGAGGAUGAUAAAAUAAGACUGUACUGUUGUUCUUUAUUAAAGCUACUGUAUUAUAUAUGUAGACAUAUACUGUAUAAAACAUUUCAACUGUAUACACACACAAGUACAGUAAGAUAUUAUAUAAAAGCACCCAGGAGUUAGGAGACACAAUGUAAAUGUGUGUAGAGUGCAGCAGUGCUCGCCUCUUAGUCGACAUACAGUGGUUGCAUUGGCUUCUAUUACAACUUUGUGCUACGUGAGGUGAAUUGAAAAGAAAAUCUCUGUGUAGCUGCCGCUAGCUGUCAAGAUUUCAGUGCAGCUAUGGAAAUACAACUCAAAGCUAUUGCCAAUAAUAUUUAAUUUAUAUGUACUCACAAAAGUGUUUGUGGUCUCAAAAGAAAAAAAAAUCUGUUUGUUGCACUUUAUUUGUUUUUUUUUUUUGGUUUUUCAAUACUUUCCGAGAUGUAACAUAUUUAUAAAAGUAUCAUAUACAGCUAGUUAUGUUUAGUCAAGAUGUUAAAAUGAUAUAGAGUAAUGUUGUAUAUCAAAAAAGAAAAUGAACCCAUUAUCUCAUGAGUCAAAGAAAAUCUUUAUGUGGGUAAACAAACGUUGUUCUUCCUUUUAUAUGCUAGUACGUAUGCACCAUUUGGGGUUUUUAUAUGAGUCGAAAAGAACUUUGAAUAUUAUUUUUACCAUUUUCAAACAGGAGAAGUGGUUUGUGCAUUUGUAGGAGUUUCUCGUAGAGACUCUGCAGCAGAGUACAUGUGUGGGUGUUUGGUUAGUGACCACUAUCAGUAAGCCAGGCUGGAAUGAGAUAGAUUUUUUUGUUUUCUGAUCUGAAUGUGUGUUCCUAUGUGCUAUAGUAUAUGCAUUAGAAUGUGUGUGUGUGUGUGUGUGUGUGUGUGUGUGUGUGUGUGUGUGUGUGUGUGUGCGUGUGUGUGUGUGAGGAGACAGAGAGAGGAAGUGAAUGCAGUUUGCUAACCUACUGUAGUUCGCAGUAAGCUAACAGUUUUAAAUGGCUUUACUCUUACGUCCCUGUAAUAACAUCACAAUAACUUAACUCUGACCUCAGAUGUAUCAGUGGCAAGAAACAAUGUUCAUAAAGUUCAGCAGUUUUUCCUCGUACCAAGUAAUGAAGGACUCUGAUGGAUUUUUGGGAAUUUGACGCAUUAAUGAGCAGCAGGUUGUAAAGGAUGCAAAAAUAAUUAAAAAGGUGUUCCUACUUUUUGGCCAUCUUAUGCACAUAUAUAAAGUAUGUGGAACAGAAAUGAUAAAACACAACAUAAUGGAGUCCAAUACAAUAUCACCACAAACUAAAAUUAACAUUAACAUUAAAGUAAAAUGUAUCACAAAACUGAUUUAUAGAAUGAAUUACCUAAUUCCAGUGUACAGUAUAGAUAAUGAAUCAUUUACGUCACCAAGGAUUAAUCAUACUAAUUUGUAGAGCUGCAACAAUUAGUUGAUAAAUGGAGUGGCUGUCAACUAUUAAAUUAUUUCCAUAGUUUGAGAAUUGAACAGUUUUAGUGAUUUUUUUUUUAAAGAAAAAAUAUCCAAAGUCUCAAGUUCAACUUCUCAAAUGUUAAUAUUUACUAGUUAUGUUUACUACUAAUGUGUGUUCUUCAAUUCAUAACUUGUGCUCACAAAUUAACAGCAUUUAAUGUUAAAUCCAAAUAAACCGUAUUUGUUAUGAUCAAUCAGUUCAUAGACAGAAUCUGAAGUAUAUCCACGUAUCAGCAAUCCAAAUCUAAAUCAUUCAGAUAUUAAUUCAAAACAUCAAGUACAAAAUAUACAAAAAAAAUAUCCCACCACGAGGGUUCACCCAGACUCCCACCUUUCACUUUUACCGUCAUCACUAUGAGUAUUAUUUCUACUGUCAUGUUAUUACAGAGACGGGUGUGAGUAUUGUCAUCAGUCUGCACGGGUUUGUCUACAGUUUACAGAAAAAGUUAAAAUUAGCAUUGUUUAACUGUUUCAGUGUCAGCUUAUCAAGGCUUAAAUGUUAAAGACAUAACAUGUAAAUAACUCUGGUAGUCGGUAUUGUAGAGGUCUGAGCCGUUUAAUUAUGCUUACAGCAAGUCAGACGUAAUUUAAAUGUGAAUUUAUAAAAACAGACACUUUGAUAUUUUUUGGUCUACUUUGCGUUUGUUGUAUUCCAUAACCAGCUUAAUAUGCAACCAGACCUCUAUUUGAUCCAAACAUGACUUAUUAAAUAGUAGUACUGAGAUAUGUUUACAUAAAAACACUCUUUAUCCAUCAUUUAUAUUUAAUACAAGUAUUCACUAAGCCCUGAUAAGCUGGCAGGUGCAUUUAUUAAUCCACCUAAAAGAUUUGUACAAAAGAGAACCAAGCAAAAAACAGUAUCUGUAAAUACAUUUAAAUGUAUAUACACACACACUAUAUCGCAAUUCUAACUGUUUUAUAUGUAUUCCUAUAUGAAGUGGGGUUAUCUGUGUAUUUUCAAUUCAGCUGAACUUGUUCUUGAAUUGUAUGUAAUUUCUAUAAUGAGAAUAUAUUGUCUGACAGGUGUAAAGUAAUUUUCUUUUGGAUUAAUUUCCUAGGUAAAAGUAUACUAUUAUGACUUUUUUCUUUAUUCAUGAAUUAUUUUUGUUGUCAAUAUGUGACAUAUAAGUAAUCUCUGAUUGUUUUGAGUGUCAGAAUAAAGCAGUUAUAAUAACAUUA